ACAACAACAACGUCACGUAACGAGGACGCGCUCGAGCCAACACCACGCGACAGGGACUGACAAGAUGGCGAACACUUUAGAAACAGAGGAGUUUCUGCCGUGAAGGAGAGGCUCGACACCACCAUGCCCUGGCAGGGUCCCAUUUCUCAGCUCACCAUGGUGAUAUGAAGCCAGUGUGAAUUGUUGACACACACACACACAGACUCGCACACAGACGGUCAGUUAUUGACUGACACAGCCAGCCAUCUCGGCAGGCAGGCGUGUGUAAUGGACAGGUGUAAGCAUGUGGGGCGGCUGCGGCUGGCCCCAGACCACUCCAUCCUCAAUCCCCAGAAGUGGCACUGCGUGGACUGCAACACCACAGAGUCCAUGUGGGCCUGCCUGGGCUGUGCUCAUGUGGCAUGCGGGCGUUACAUCGAGGAACAUGCUCUGCAGCACUUCCAGCAGCAGCACCACCCGUUGGCUAUGGAGGUUAAUGAACUUUACGUUUUUUGUUACUUGUGUGACGACUAUGUCCUGAAUGAUAACGCCACAGGAGACUUAAAGCUGCUUCGUAGUACACUCAGCGCCAUUCAGAGCCAGCGCUAUGAGGUUACCACCCGCAGUGGGCGCACCCUCCGCUCUGCUAGCGUUGCCCCGGACUCUGUCAUGCCAUCCGGUGCACGCGAGCUGCAGCUAAGGGACGAGGAUAGGAUGUUUACUGCACUCUGGCACCGCCGCAGGGCACUUAUGGGACGUGUCUUCCGCUUCUGGUUUGGACUGACUGAAUGCGGAAGGAAGAGGGAGGAAGAAGAGAGAAAGAAAGAGGAGGAGGAAGAGCAGAAAAGGGAGGCAAGGGAGAGGAGGCGGGCUCUAAAGAGGCAGCUAAAGGAGGAGCUGGAGAAUGCCCCUCUCAGGAAGAGUCGCCGGUUACGUUGGAAGAGCCAAAGAGUUGCAGAUGUGGCGGUCACAACACCAUCGCGGAGGACACGCAACAAGACUAAAACCCCUGUGCCGCCGUCUCUUACCCGCAGGCCAAGGACUCGUAGCCCUGACGCUGCUGUCCCCAAGAAAUCUGGACGGACGAAAAAGGUCCAACCAACUCCCAAACCCCAAAGCCGUUCUUCUACCACCAAAUCUAAACCCAAAACGUCCUCAGCGACCCCCCGUUCUUCACAAACACCUGCUUGUCGCAAGCAGAGUAAUAAACAGGGUGGCUCACCCUUCAAACGGCGUCCCACAGUCACUCCUGGGGUAACGGGCCUGAGGAAUUUAGGAAACACCUGUUAUAUGAACUCCAUCCUACAGGUGCUGAGCCACCUGCAUGUCUUCAGGGAGUGCUUUCUGCGCCUGGAUCUGACCCAGGCACUGGAGCUUCUGGCAUCUGCCGUCCAUGGCCAACUGGCUGGAAAGGCCUCGUCCCAGUUCCCCCUGACCCAAAGGAAGGUAUUUCAGGCCAGCUCAGGCUCUGGGGCGGGGCUGAGCGGCGGAGCCUCACGGACUCGCAGCAUGGAACUAAUACAACCCAAAGAGCCCAGCUCAAAACACAUAUCUCUCUGCCACGAGCUGCACACCUUGUUCCAGGUUAUGUGGUCUGGCAAGUGGGCGCUGGUAUCGCCUUUUGCCAUGCUUCACUCGGUGUGGCAGCUGAUCCCGGCGUUCAGGGGAUACGCUCAGCAGGAUGCUCAGGAGUUCCUGUGUGAGCUGCUGGACAAAGUGCAGCACGAACUGGAGAGCACUGGCAAGCACACAACCACUGCAGGAGUCCCACAGAAACGACUCAUCAAGCAGGUGCUUAGUGUGGUCAACACCAUCUUUCAUGGCCAGCUCCUCAGCCAGGUGACGUGUCUGGCCUGCGACCAUCGCUCCAACACUGUGGAGCCUUUCUGGGAUCUGUCUCUGGAGUUCCCUGAGCGGUAUCACAGUAAUAGCAGAGAGUCGGCAGCUCAGGCUUCGUGCCAUUUGACAGAAAUGCUGGCCAAGUUCACAGAGACUGAAGCACUGGAGGGAAACAUCUACGCCUGUGACCACUGUAACUCUGCUCGACGAAGGACCUCCUCCAAACCAGUCCUCCUGACCGAAGCACAAAAACAGCUGAUGGUCCACAAACUGCCUCAGGUCCUGCGGCUUCACCUAAAACGCUUCAGGUGGUCUGGGCGAAACCACCGGGAGAAGAUCGGAGUCCACGUGAGCUUCGACCAGCUUCUUGACAUGGAGCCCUACUGCCAAGAGCCCUCACCCAAAGUUGUGCCAUGCUCCAGUCCCAGCAGCCCCAGCUCUGCAGGCUCACCGCGCCCCAAGCACUUCCUCUACGACCUCUCUGCUGUGGUGAUGCAUCAUGGGAAGGGCUUCGGUUCUGGCCACUACACCUCCUACUGCUAUAACACAGAAGGAGGCUUCUGGGUUCACUGUAAUGACUCUAAGAUGAAUGUGUGUUCGGUGGAGGAGGUCUGCCGUGCUCAGGCCUACAUCCUCUUCUACACACAGCGAGUAACUCAGGACAAAGACCGGCCACUAUAGGACCACAAUCCCCUGAACAACCUCCUCCUCAGCUGCAGCCUGACCACUCAGUAAGAAGAUAUCCGCACAGCCCCACCUAUCACUCUUUCUCUCUCUCUUUGGGAGGAUGGGUCUUUUAGUCUAUUUUUCUAAAUAAGAAAAAAAAAAAAAAAAAAGAGAGGAAGGACUCCUUUUUAAAACCUGGUUCUGCUUUGUGAACUUCUUGUAUAUGGUGUUUAUAUGUAGGUAUUUUUUAAAAGAAUGGGAUUUGUGUACAGUUGUAUUUUAUAAAGAAAAAGAGUAUCAGCCAAGAUGUGUCUCCGUAGCAGCCAACAGACUUGCCCAGGCCAGGACACGACUACAACUGUCCUCUACAGGUGUAUUCAAGGUGUCUGCCGACCUGCGUGUGGUGGCGUGUUGAUUGUAAAUGCUGUAAAUCAACUGAAAUGUUUCUCAGUCACUUUAGAUAGUCGUCACAGAACUGGAUGUAGGCUUUUACAAUGUCAUUCACUCACUAGAACUGGCCUCCCUGUGUUCUAGGCAGGUAAAGUGUUGAUUUUAACGAAGACGGCCACUUAACUGUGAGAAAUGCGCACAUUUUCCUGCAGAACAGGUUGUGACCUCUGUUUUUAACUCUGUGUUGGUUCUUCGCUAAAGAUCUGUACACAAAGCAGAGCAGGAAGUUUAUUUUUCACUCUGAAGUCUGUCAGGAAAAAUUGGCAGACCUCGAGCCAAAGCCUUGGGGGGGAGGGUAUGGAAAAACCUCUCAGUAUUUCCCCUUUCACUUAGUUUUUGUUGGUUUUUUGGCUAAAUGCUGCCACCUCUUUACUCCAGAAUGUCAUUGUGUUCAGAGCGUGAACCAUCCCAACCAUUCGUAUUAAGUGUACUAUAAAAGUGCCCUUUUUAGCAACAUGGACUCUGCACAGCUGCAGUUCCACCCAGACCAGCAUUUAGAUUACGAAUGUAUUUUUAUAUACAAUCCUCUUCAGAGGUUUUAGAAAAGAGGCCAUUGACUGUUUUUUAAAGUUUUUAUACAACCGCUGAUUGUUCAACCAACACCAGCAUUUACGACAGAUUUCACUGUUAUCCCACCAUUAAGUAGGUAUGUGUACAUACUGUGUUUAAUUUAUCAUCUGUUCAAUACAAUAUCCCGAUUUAACAGGGUUUCUGCAGUGUAUACAGAUUGUAAUAUUUAUCUCCAUACUGGAGAAAAUUGUAAAAAAAAAGGUAUUCUCCACCUCAGUCGUGUUCCCACCAUCAGACGGGAAUUCAAAGCACACUUCAUUUUGUUUGACACGUUGGCAUUUUGGUUACUACUUUGUGUGUGUACAUUUUUUAAAGUUAUACUAUGCAAAUUGUUACCUCAAUUUUUUCUAGAGAAAAUUACCUCAAUAAAUGA